CGUCUUUAUGUGUGUGUGUUAACAUGUGUUUGUGUGCAUGCAUGUCUGCCCGACAUACGUUGUUUUCGCUGCGGGAAACCAAGGCGAACCAGCCUCGAGAGAGCUUCCGUGUAGUACUCACAGCAGCAUAGUCAGACUUAUGAUACAGGGCAACUAUCGGCCUCUUCCCUUACAUCGACAAAAUGACCCCCAGUCGCAGCCUAGCCGGGCCACACCCACACCGGCGGCUCAGGCCUCCGCCGUGAAACCUGCCCAGUUCGAGACUAACCCCACGCUGAAGGGUGCUACUGUUAUGGACAUGUCGUCAGCUGGGGCUACCGUUGUUGACAUGACAUCAGCUGGGGCGAGGGGCGGUCCCAAAGAGAUGUCAAAGACUCCUGCGGUCUCCCAGGUCAAAGCCUCAGGCCCAGCUCCUUCUGCUGCUGCUGGGGUGGCUGCUGUGAGCAGCCCCAAAGAGGCCCCCAAAGUGGCCCCCAAAGAGACCCCCAAAGUGGCCCCCAAAGAGGCCCCCAAAGAGGCCCCCAAAGGCACGGCCAAGACCGCCGCUCCCACCACUACAGUCAAAGCUGAUGUGCAUAAAGUUGACCCUGCUAAAACUGCAAAGCCCGUUGCCGCGGCUGCGGGUGGAUAUGUGUCUGUGGAGGGGAAGAGAGGAGCUAACCCGACACAAACCAAGGUUCAGGUGGAGGUUCCUCCUGCUGCAGCUAAAGGAGUCAAAGAGGUGGAUCCAUUCGAUGCCCUCGCCGACAUACUGCCCUCAGCUGAGGAUGUCGCACCCAAACAACCCGUGUACACGGGGCCAGAGGUCAAGGAGCUUAACAUCGCCUCCAAGAAGGAGCCAAAGUGUGGAGAAAGUGACAGCACGCUGCCCCCGGGCUACAGAUUUGAAAAUGUGCAUCCAGUUCCUGCAGAUGAAAAGCCCAAAGACCUUCCCAAACCAAUGAGCACGGGCGAGGCUCUGGAUUCGCUUUCCUGCGGAUUUGGGCCUUCAACUGUUCCGGCCGCACCCAAAACGCAAAAGAAAACAGAAAAUGUUGACAUUGUCAGUGCCCAAUCAGCUGCCCCUGCCAACUUUGCUCCACCUCCCGUAAAGAAAUCUCAAACCCCUGCGGAAGUUCCCCCGGGUUCUGUGCGUCCUCCAGCUGAUAAAAAAGCCAAGAUGGAGCAAGUCUCUGGGGAUUUCUCCUUGAAGUCUGGACUGGAUACCAAAGCUGACACCAAGCCCAAGACUGAUGAGGGUGACUCCAUGUCCCUGGAUGCUCUCGGUGCUCUUGUUGACACGUUGCCAGAAGACAAACCGAAACCCGAACUCCCCAAACUCCGACCUGAAGACGUCGUCUCGGAGGGCAAACACAAGAAGGAAAAGGGUGUGCUCUUAGGAGAGAGGGAGGACACACUUCCUCCAGGAUACAGGUUCAAUAAGGAUGAACUAAAAAAACUGCCUGCUCCAAAACCUGAGCCCACCAUCGGUACUGGUGAAGCUCUGGACUUUUUGUCUGGAGAUUUCAUGACGUCUUCUUCAGCUCCUGCUGUCCAGGCCUCUGUGAACAUCCCCCCCGCUCCUCCUGCACAGACCAAAGUAGAGAAUCUGUCCGCUAUGGAUCAACUUCUUGGAGAUGUUGUGGCUCCUACUAAAGCUUCUGGCGUUCACGCUCCUGCUCCUCCUCCGACCAAGAAGACACCAGAGAAAACGGUUUGUCCACUGGAGCAGCACACCCCACUGGAUGUGAUGGGUGGACAAAAACAACAACAAAAACAACAACAACAAGCAAAACCCAAGACCAAUAUGGGUGACUCCAUGUCCCUGGAUGCUCUCGGUGCUCUUGUUGACACGUUGCCAGAAGACAAACCGAAACCCGAACUCCCCAAACUCCGACCUGAAGACGUCGUCUCGGAGGGCAAACACAAGAAAGAAAAGGGUGUGCUCUUAGGAGAGAGGGAGGACACACUUCCUCCAGGAUACAGGUUCAAUAAGGAUGAACUAAAAAAACUGCCUGCUCCAAAACCUGAGCCCACCAUCGAUACUGGUGAAGCCCUGGACUUCUUGUCCGGAGAUUUCACGACAUCUUCAUCGGCUCCUGCUGUCAAGUGUUCUGUCCCCACCUCCUCAGCUCCUCCUGCCCAGCCCUCUGCGGACUUCAGUCUGAACGCCUUGGCGCCAGAAUUUUUUGGAUUCCCUAAAACCCUCCAGUUAAGUCAGUAUCUUUCUUCCCUGCGUUUGUGCACUCAGCUGCACGCUGGAGCAGGCAGUGCUCCGGACGCCCUGGACGCCCUGGACGCCCUGUCCAACACCUUGAAGGAUAUUGCACCCGCCCCUCAGCCCACACCACCUCCCGCCAAAGCCCUUGUCAAGGAGAAUAAAGUUGUUGAAGAGCGGCUUAUUAAAAUGGGGGAGAACGAUGACUCGCUGCCACCAGAGUAUCGACCCACUGAGGAAGACCGUAAGAGAACUGCAGAAGCCAAGGCAAAAGCAGCUGCAGCACCCAAGAAGGAGACUAUGGAUGAUAUAACAGCCUUGGACCUCCUCUCCAGUGACUUCUCUGAUGCUCCCAAGCCCGCUGCAUCCUCUGCAGCAUCUAAACCCGCUGCAACACCUGCAUCCUCUGCAGCGUCUAAACCCGCUGCAACACCUGCACCCGCUGCAUCCUCUGCAGCAUCUAAACCCACUGCAACACCUGCAUCCUCUGCAGCGUCUAAACCCGCUGCAACACCUGCACCCGCUGCAUCCUCUGCUGUCACAACAAAGCUGGAAUCUCCUGUGCUGGACUCUGAGCCCCUCAAGCCGAUGUCUGGUCCUGUUCUUGACUCCCUGGCUGGCACCUUGCUCCCAGACUCCCCCGAGUUCAAAUCUAAGCCAGACAAACCAAAGGGCAAGAGCAAGUCAAAGUCAAAGUCUAAAAAAUCCCAUCUGGGGGAGCCAUCUGCCACUGAGGCGCUACCAGCUCAGCCGAGCUCAGAUGUUGUGCCAAAGUCGACAAAGAAGGGAGGCAGGAGCUAGACCCUCUGCUAAGGUUGUCAGCACAGUUUGCCCUCCCGGCCACAGGGAUUCUUCACUGAGGGAGCGGAUUUCUGGAUAAUGAUUUUUUUUAAUUGUCACAAAUGUAUAGCUAAUAAAAGAUAGACCUAGACAAGCCUGUAACACUUGCUGGACACACAGACGCCUGCAUCUGCAUGCGGUGCCUUUUUUCGCUUGGUUUCACGUCAUGUAUUUUAGGUUCAAAAGGUUUGGGUUUUCAGUCUAUGGAGGGAAUAAAACUAUUUUUAAAAUGAGGUGGAGAAUGAAAGAAUGCGUGAAAGGGGGGGGGGAGACUGCGAGAGGGUAAGUCGCUUUUUGUUGGCUCGUGUUUUUAGGGUGCCGAGCGAAGGGGAGGGGCUUCUCUUCAGAGUGCUGCGUGUACGUCUCAGAUGACAGUUUUUCCAGUGACACCAUAUCACAACACGCUGCCUUUCUAAGGGUGGUGGUGGUGGUGGUGGCGUGACGUUGGUUGGAGCCGUGGUGACCGUCAGCUUUCAUGUGAGCAGGAAAAGUGGGUGUAGAGUAUCGGGAUGUUUGUGCAAUCUAGAUGUUCACAGAGAAGCCAAGUUUUCUAUCAUGAUGUGGUCAAAUGCCAUUACGACACUAGUGUACAGCUUACUUUGCUUGUAUUUUGGAAAAAAUGGAGUUUACAUAAUUGAAUAUUUGGAGGAUUUCCAUAAGGUGUACUGCUUGAUUUUGUGUUUUCAGAUCGUUGGGCAAACAAUAUAUAAUAUCUGUUAAAAAGAAGGGUCUUUUGUGUGUAUUUGGCCUGUAGAAGAAAACAAAUGCUGGUGGAGUGAGGUGGUCAUAAGCUUUGUUCACUGCCCUUGUUUGUGUACUGUAUAAAAAAGGAAAUACUUUGGCUCUAUACAAGACAACACUGUAUAACUUACAAAGGGCUUUCAACUGUAAAGUCAAAAAUCAAUAUACUGUUCCCAUGUAACUUGUUUUUUUUUUUUCAUCAAAGGUGUUGGUGGGUGUGAGUCAUAAAAUCUGAGAGGUAUUUUCGAUGCAGGGAUUCUAAUGAAAUAAACAAGAUUAAGAGAGAGCGGUGUGGUUGCCAGAGCAAGAGUCUGGUUUCUACCAUUUGUGCCUAAGAUGCUGAACAAAGGUUUACGCAAACCACCUUAAUUAUUGGGGAAAACGCUGCAAAAUUAAUAAAGACUGUUAUUCAAAAAGAUUAA